AUGGCUCAGAGGCAGACAGAGAAUAGUGGCAGCCAGACUGAAAGCAACCAGAACACAGAUUUUGAUCCAAAUGAAGAAAUGCGACUGGUGCUCAUUGGAAAGACUGGAAACGGGAAGAGUUCAACAGGAAACACCAUCCUUGAUCGUGAGGCUUUUGCGUCAGUCCUCUCUCCACACUCUGUGACAUCAGAGUGUGAAAAGGCCAGAGGAACGGUGGAUGGCCGCAGGGUCGCCAUCAUUGACACACCAGGAAUUUAUGACACAAAGUACAAAGAAGCAGAGGUGGUCAGAAAGCUGAAAGAAUGCAUCUCUCUCUCCGCUCCCGGUCCCCACGCGUUCCUGAUUGUGAUCAAGUUGGACAGAUUCACACAAGAAGAACAGAAAACUGUCGAGCUUCUGCAGCAGGUGUUUGGUGACAAAGCUGCAGAUUACACGUUGGUUAUCUUCACUCAUGGCGAUCGGCUGGGACGCACAAGUAUUGAAGAUUUUUUCAGAAAAAGUCAACCACUUACUCAUUUGAUUGAAAGAUGCAACAGGCGGUAUCAUGUACUGAGUAACACAUGUUCCGAUAACACACGUUCCACACAUAACACACAGGUGUCUGAGCUGCUUGCAAAGAUACAAAGGAUGAUCAGUCAUAAUGGAGGGAAAUUUUACACGAAUCAAAUGUUUGCAGAGGCCGAGCGGGCGAUCCAAGAACAGCAAGAAAAGAUCCUGAGGGCUAGUGCUGAGCAGAAACUCAAAGAAGAAGCAGAACUGAGGAAAAUGUUUGAAGGAGAACUGCUGGAGGAGAAGUUAAAGAAUCUCGAGAAAGAGUAUCACAGGAAGUCAAGAGAAAAGGCAGAGAAGAAAAACAAAUAUAUUCAAACUGGUUUGAUCAUAACAACCGCUGAAGUGGGUAUCGCAAUCGGAGCAGCUGCAGGAACUGCUGGAGGACCGCUGUUCAUAGGCCUCGGAGCAGUGGUGGGCGGAGCUGUCGGGGCUGUGAUGGGAGUUGCGGCACCAGCUGCAAUAAUCGCUCUGAAAAAUAAAUGCGCUGUACAAUAA